AUGGCCCAAAAGGUGGAAGCACAAGGAGAGAAAGGAGGCAACCAAUGGGACGAUGGUUCUGUACAUGACGCUGUGACCAAGAUUCAGGUCGGAGCAGGUGGAACCGGCAUUCAAUACGUUCAGUUCAGUUAUUUCAAGAACGGACAAACCGAAGAAGCCCCUCUUCGCGGUAUCAAAGGCCGUAGUAUCCCAGCUGAUCCGUUUGUGAUUAACCAUCCAGAGGAGCAUCUAGUUUCUGUAGAAGGUUGGUAUACCCCUGGAGGAGUAAUUCAAGGGCUUAAGUUCAUAUCCAACAAGAAGGCUUCUGAUGUCAUUGGUUACGAUGAUGGUACUCAUUUCACUCUCCAAGUUCAAGACAAGAAGAUAAUUGGCUUCCAUGGCUUUGCCGGAGACUAUGUUCAUUCUCUUGGAGCUUACUUUGCUCCGUUGACUUCAACCCCGUUGAACCCUGCCGAGAAGCUACCGGCACUUGGUAGUGAUUCAGGAACUCCAUGGGAUGAUGGUGCUUACGAUGGUGUUAAGAAAGUGUAUGUAGGUCAAGCCGAAAGUGGCAUAUCAGUCGUUAAGUUUGUGUACGACAAAGGCGCUACGGAUGUCGUAGGAGCUGAACAUGGAACAAGUACUUUACUCGGAUUCGAAGAGUUUGUGCUUGACUAUCCAAGUGAGUACCUCACGGCAGUGCAAGGCACUUACGAUAAAAUCUUUGGGAGCGAUGCCUCGGUCAUAAAUAUGCUUAGGUUCAAGACUAACAAACAAACAUCUAUUCCUUUUGGACUUGAAGCUGGCACACCCUUUGAACUCAAAAAGGAAGGCCACAAGAUCGUUGGGUUCCAUGGAAAGGUCGGUGAUCUGCUUCAUCAGUUUGGAGCCCAUGUCCUGCCAAUCACCAACUGA